CAAAGAAAAGAGUGUUGGGGCAUAGCAUAUCGGUUGGGGAUGGAGUGGGCAAGCAAAGUCGGCGACGCAGUUAGCAAAGCGCUAAACAGCAACAAAGUGUUGAACGUGGUGUUAUUGAGUGCAUUUGGGUUGCUAUGUAUGAGAUCAGUGCAGCAACAAAAGAAUAUGGAAGUUCUUGAGGCAGAAAAGGACUCUUUGCUCAAUUCUAAUAAAGCUAUGAAGAAGGCUAUGUGGGAUUGGAAGCAGCAGCUUUUUGCUGAAGCUGCUUUACCCAACUCCCUUAUUCCACUCUCCAAGCUUAAAACCAUCUAUGGAGAAGUCCAAACCACCACAUCUUCUUCUGGUGGAGAUGCUCAAAAAGGAGAUGGAAAAUCACCUGCACCAGCAUUUAUUGUCUAAAAAUCAUUGUUGUAGCUUGUUUAUGAAGAAGCAAGUUGUUUACUGGCAAAAUAACAAGUGGCCACUAAGAUCUGCGAACUAUCAUGCUUCAGUUAGUAGAAUGGGAAGCUGAUCGUAAGGGGGGAUAGUGGUGUAAUUCUGAGUUUUUUCUAGGAAUUUAGUGAUUUACAACGGUUUGUUUCCCUCUCCUCUCACGUGCAGUCAGUAAGGAGGUCGAGGUCCAAGUUUAAUUUGUGGUAUUAUUUGAUGUUGCUCCACUUUUCUACUUUAUUCCUGGGACUGUGCCAUGAGCUGCGUUUCACUAUUAAUCAACCAAGUAUAUUAACUGUCAAGUUGAAAACUCUUAUGAAUUGGCUUGUCUCGCGAAUGUAAAAGCGGUGCAAAAUUCAUCUUCA